AUGGAGCCCAAUGGCACAGCCAGUAACACAGCCUCCUCCUCUUGCCUGGAAUCAACCGCAUUCAAGGUCACCCUCAGUCUGGUCCUCUCGGUCCUCAUUCUCAUCACUGCCGCUGGCAACGUGGUGGUCUGCCUGGCCGUGGGCCUCAACCGUCGGCUCCGCAGCCUGACCAACUGCUUCAUCGUGUCUCUAGCCAUCACCGACCUGCUCCUUGGCCUCCUGGUGCUCCCCUUCUCGGCCAUACACCAGCUGUCCUGCAAGUGGAGCUUCGGCAAGGUCUUCUGCAAUAUCUACAUCAGCCUGGACGUGAUGCUCUGCACGGCCUCCAUCCUGAACCUAUUCAUGAUCAGCAUCGACCGUUACUGCGCCGUCAUGGACCCGCUGCGCUAUCCUGUGCUGGUCACCCCCGUCCGGGUUACCAUCUCGCUGAUCUUAAUUUGGGUCAUCUCCAUCACCCUGUCCUUCCUGUCUAUCCACUUGGGCUGGAAUAACAGGAGCGGGACCAUCCAGGGCAAUCACACCACGCCCAAGUGCAAAUUCCAGGUCAAUGAGGUCUACGGCUUGGUGGACGGGUUGGUCACCUUCUACCUGCCCCUGCUGAUCAUGUGUGUCACCUACUACCGCAUCUUCAAGAUCGCCCGGGAACAGGCCAGGAGGAUCAACCACAUCAGCACCUGGCAAGCAGCCACCAUCAGGGAGCACAAAGCCACGGUGACGCUGGCCGCCGUGAUGGGGGCCUUCAUUAUCUGCUGGUUCCCCUACUUCACUGCCUUUGUCUACCGUGGGCUGAAAGGGGAUGAGGCCAUCAACGAGGUGGUGGAGGCCGUUGUGCUGUGGCUGGGCUAUGCCAACUCAGCCUUGAACCCCAUCCUGUACGCUGCCCUCAACAGAGACUUCCGCACCGCCUACCAGCAGCUCUUCUGCUGCAGGAUGGCAGGACGCAACUCCCAGGAGACUUGCCUGAGGUUGAACAACACGCUAUCCAGGAGCCAGAGUCGCGAGCCCAGGCAGCAGGAAGAGACGCCCCUGAAACUCCAGGUGUGGAGUGGGACAGAAGCCACAGCACCCCAGGGAGUCACAGACAGGAAGCCAGCGCUGUCUCGCCCCGUGUGCUCCAGCGACCUCCUGAGCUGCUGCAAGAGCCUGUGGGGGCUGAGCUUUCUUCAGAGACACACGGGAGGCCCCGCAGAGGAGCAGCCGGGAGAGCCACCAUCUGAGGGGCCACUAAGGACACCGCCCCAUGAAGCGGUGAGGACACCGCCCUCGGAGGUUGUCUAAGACCCGGCCUGAGGAGGCGGGGAUGCUGCUCCCCGUCUCCAAGAUCUGACUCCCUGAACCUCUCAGGACCUAGCUCCCAGAGCCACCGAGGAUACAGCCUCACACAAGUGUGGGGGAUCCUGGAACACACAGCAGAGUGCUGGGACCCUGCGACCUUGCACAGAGCCACAAGUUCCAUUCCCAGCCUUCCAGACGGAUGCUCGGGAUGCCUCUGGGCCUGGAUGUGCAGAAUCCAAUGGAUUGCAAACUCAACAUCGGUGCUGACCCUAGGAGUCGUGAACAGAGGCAGCAGGGUGUACGGGGACGUGUGCACGCAUGUGCAUGUGGGAACACACGUGUCCUCUGGACCAGGUGGUUGGUGUUGCUAUCAGAUAUUGGCCUCUCUCCCUCAUGGGAGCUGCAGAACAAAGGCAUGACAAGGAAAUGAAAGGGCAGGCAAGGGGACUUAGCCUAUAACAAGUACCUACUAUGCACCAGGUCCUUCACCUGUCUGAGGUCCCAUCAUCCUUAGAACUCCAUGUACUUGGAGUCAGGAUCACCGUCCCAACACUACAAGCUUGGAGACCUAAGGGGACCGUCAAAGGCCACUCAAUCAGAAGAGUGUUCUUAGCACAGAGGAGUCACUCACAGAUGGUAGUUGAGUGAAUGAGUGAGUCAAGGAGUGGGAGAAUGGGGGGGUUAGCCAGACCUCAAGCCCAUUCUCUCAACACCACUACUCUACACUGCACUGCCUCUCCAGAGAGAAGACCAGAUGUUUCUCGGACUCAGCCUACCUUUUGCCUAGCAAGGUUAGAACUCCCUGAGCCUGGGAAUCCCCCUCGUGCUAGGUUCUGCCCCUCUCUGGUGUUUAUCAACAACAAGAAGUGCUUUGCAGUAGAUUUUCCAGGAAAAGCCUGUCUGUCUUGUCUGGAAAUUUUGGGAAAACACAAGGAUUGGGGCUGGAUGAGGUUGUCCCACCUGUGCCUUCUGCUGGCUGGGUGACCUGAGGCUGCAUCGCCUGCUCCCUUCAAAGGGCUUUUCACUCUUUUGGUCAAACAGGCAAGAUCGACUUUCCUAGACACAGGACUGUUGGAGAGCUCCCAAGGAGCUGAAGGAGGUGAGAGCCCCGGGAGAGAUGAGAGCAUCUCCCCAAGGCCACCACCCCUCCAAGUACUCUUUCUUUAAGUCCCCUUCCCGCCUACUUCCCAGGCCAAAAGGUUGUAAUUCACCAUCCCUCUGUCCAACAGUUAGAUAGGGCCCUCUCCCAGGCUCAGUCCUGAGCCUUCACAUCCCUCUGGUGUGCUCUCUGCAGCCAGCAGGCACGUGGAGAUAAGCUCAGAGGUUCGCCACUGUUGGUUUCCGAGUCAUUCUUGCCUCCGCGAUGCCUCCACCUGCAGGUUUAGAAGACCCUGCACCUGCAGCAUCAUCCGUCACUAUACUGUUCACAUCUCUCUGUACCCGCUCCUCUUCCAGGGUUCCCUCGCUCAGACAAAAGCCCCACCGUGCCAAAGGUCAGCUCUGGCACCUUGCUUUGCCCCUGCCCUCAUGGCCAACCCUCCGGAGCCCACUAUCUGCUCAAGUGGCUCCACCUUCCCCGUUGUCACUCAACUCUCAUGGUCUCCUUCAGGGAGAACUGAAACAACUUCUGAGCCCUCUUCUCUACUUUCUCCACUUGCAU